AUGUCGGUCCAGACUUCUCUUCGCUGCUAUCAAAAUGUCGACGCGGGCGAGUACCCAGGCUUCAUCUUCUGCGUGGCCAAAGCCGGGAAGUUGCUGCACGCGGAGGCGUAUGGGCACGCGGACACGCGGGCGACCGUGCCGAUGCGCUGGGACACGUUGUUCCGGCUCUACUCGCAGACGAAGCCAGUGACAGUGAUCGCCUUCAUGCGCCUGUGGGAGGAAGGGCUGGUCGGUCUCAACGACAAGGUGUCCAAGUACAUCCCAGCCUUCAAGCGCCUGGUCGUCGGCCAGAAGGCCAGGAAGCCAGUGUCGCGGGCCAUGACAGGAUGCGCGACCUCCUCGCGCACACCAGCGGCGUGGGCUUCGGCCCCGGCUUUGGGUUCGACGUGGACCGCGCGAAUCAGAAGAAGGUCUCCGAACAUCGACCUGUGCGCCAGGGUGGACAGAGGUGAGAUCAGCUCGCUGGAGCAGUGGUGCUCCGAGCUCGCCAAGGUGCCGCUGGACUUUGAACCGGGCGCCUGGUGGGGCUACGGCUACAGCUCCGACAUCCUUGGCCGGGUGGCUGAGGUGGCCUCCGGGAAGCCGUUGGACAGGCUCUGUCGGGAACUGGUCUUGGAGCCACUCGGCAUGCACGACACGGCCUUUGCCGUGCCCGCCGCCAAGGCGGGCCGCCUCGCUUCGCUGUACAAGUUCGACCCGAAGGCGGCGAGCGGCGGGCCGCUGCUGCUGUGCGACGCGGGCGGGGCCGGCGGAGCGGGCGCCCCCUCCCGGGGGCUGUUGAGGGUGCCCAUGUCGGAGUCGGCUUGGGGGCUGAGCACCCGGCCCUCUGCGUUCUUGGCGGGCAGGCAGUCGCCGGUCCUGCAGGGGGGCGGCUGCGUCUGCAGCAUGGCGGGCGGGAUGGUCAGUUCGCUGAGUGACUACUUCCGGCUGGGCCAGAUGCUCCUGCAGGAGGGCAGCCUCGACGGCGUGCGCGUGCUGCGGGCGGAGACGGUCCAGAUGCUGGCCAGCGACUGGCUCACCCGCGAGGCUGGCGACAGGCGGGCCAAGGACUGGUGCUGGGGCAGGGUCGGGGUCGGCUACUGCCCCCUGGGCCAGAUCGGGGUGCCGCACCCACAUGCUCCCCCGAGGCACCACCCUGGCUCCAAGGUGGGCACCCUGCACUGGGGGGGCGCUGGGGGGUCGUUCUACAUCCUCAACUGGGACCACCAGCUCAUGGUGCUCGGGUACACGGGGGUCGUGUACGACCAGUACGCGCAGAACGGCAUGGUUCGGGCCGUGUUCGGCGGGCUGCGGCGCGGGGGCGCGAGGCCGCUGCGCUCUGGGGGCGGCCCUGAGGGCGAGCCGGCACUCACAGAGCGCAAGGAUACCUUCGUCAGCAACGCCAGGGAUCACCCAGCCGAGGCAGGCGAGGACGAGGCGCCGCGCGGCCUGGCGCCGCCAGCGCGUGCCGCGGCCGUUCGCAAGGCGCCGCCGCGCGCCAGCGGCGCGCUGGGCCUCGCUUCGAGCGGCCGCCGCGCCCGGCGGCGGAGCGGCAGUGCAAUGACGCACGCCCAGCGAUGCCGCCCGCUCGCCAUUGCGCUGCAUGCCUGCGGCUUGGCACGGUCACUCCCCUGGCGCUGCUCCACAGGAGCCGCCAUGCCAUGCCUAUCGGAUGUUGGAGUCAUGACUGGGAGGCAAGAGCAUUUCUCUUCUGGUUGA